GUGUUCAGUCAGCGAGGAUCAUCAUGAAGACUAUUGUAUUUUUCCUGCUGGUGGCUGCAGCGGCAGCUGACAAGGUACCCUCCGACGACCAUCUCGCGGCCAUCCUGCAGAACGAGCAGCACACGCCCAACUCCGAGGGCGCCCACAGCUUCGACUUCGAGACCGAGAACGGCAUCAACUUCCACGUGUCCGGCUCCCAGGGCGCCACCGGCGGCGCCAACAGCAUCGGCGACUGGAGCUACCUCCUGCCUGACGGCUCUCUGGCCGAAGUCAAGUUCGUGGCCAACGAGAACGGCUACCAACCCGAGUCCUCGCUCCUGCCCGUGGCCCCCGCCUUCCCCCACCCCAUCCCCGACUUCGUCCUCCGUCAGAUCGAGUUCGCCGAGCAGCAGAGGGCAGCCGAAGCACGCCGGGGAAGCUACGAGAAUUAACACGGCUGUCGUUGCCAAACUCGUGGAUACGAAUCGACCGUCAGAAAGGCUACUGAUCUUGUUCAUAGAUGUGCAUUAUUUAUCUGUACAUUAUUUAUGUCUCAAAGUAUUAUUUUUUGACCGCAAUAAAGCAAAAAUGCAUAA